GUUAGAGGAAGGAAGUUUGAAGGGAGGGUGAGGCAACACAACCAGGAAGUUAAACAAAGAGAAAAACCCUUGAUUAUCUUCAUCUUGUGGCAAACUCUCCACUUAUUAAUAAUCCAACACCGUUCAAAACUCUCAACCUGGAGGAAAGUCUCUUGGGUUGCGGCGGAAAGACGAACUACGAGCCGGAGCGGAGUGUGCAGAUCCGGCUGAAAUGGACAUAAUGGACCAGAUGAACGGGGAAGUCCAAGAAGUCAAACAGAUCAUGACAACAAAUAUGGAUAUUAUGCUUGAUCGAGGUGAAAAACUGGGCAUCCUCGUGGACAAGUCAGCGGACCUGAAAGCUGGGGCCCAGGCCUUCGAGCACACGUCCACCAAAGUGGCUCGCUCUUACUGGUGGAAGAACGUCAAGCUGGUGGUGGUCAUCGUGGUCAUCGUGCUGAUCAUCGUCCUCAUCAUCAUCCUGUUGGCCACCGGCGUCAUCCCAGUCAGCGCACCUCUGCCGCCAAUUGUCUCACCCACGUCUGGCCCCUAAACACACACACACACCAUACUUGCCAACCUUGAGACCUCCGGGGGUGGGGCAUUGGCAUGGUUUGGGGGCGUGGUUAAGAGUAUAUUUACAGCCAAUAUUUUUAUAUUGGCUGUUAUAUAUGUAUGUAUAUAUAUGUAUAUGUAUGUAUGUAUAUAUGUAUAUGUAUAUAUAUAUAUAUGUAUGUAUGUAUAUGUAAGAAAUACUAAACUUUCAGUGAAUUCCAGCUAUAUGUAUUUAUUUUAUUAUAUAUAUAUAUAUAUAUAUAUAAAUAAAAGAAAUAGUUGAAUUUCAGAUGGCACCUAUCACAUACAAAGUAAUAAAACCACAGUUGUUCUACUAACUGUACUGUGCUUGCUAGGUACUAAAAAAACCAAACAGCGCUAAUAUUUCCUUACAGUCCGUGACGUCACGAGCAUGCGUCAUCAUUCCGCGACGUUUUCAACAAUAAACUCCGAGAAAUUUAUAAUUGCAAUUUAGUAAACUAAAAAGGCCGUAUUGGCAUGUGUUGCAAUGUUAAUAUUUCAUCAUUGAUAUAUAAACUAUCAGACUGGGUGGCCGGUAGUAGUGGGUUUCAGUAGGUCUUUAAAGCGCUAUACCUCGGUUUUCCUUGGCAACGUCAGGCUUGCCCCUGACGGUUUGUCUAUGUUUUAGUUUUUUCCUCUGCAUUUGUCUGUUUCCUGUGUUUAGUACUUCCUGUCAAGUGCUCUUAAUUUGUCAGCUUCCUGUCUUGUUCCCUGAGUGCUGUGUUCCUCCUCAGUGUGUUUAGUAUUUCCUGUCCUUAGUUCCUGUCUAGUGCUCUUAUUUUGUCAGCUUCCUGUCUUGUUCCCUGAGUGCUGUGUUCCCCUUCAGCUGCGGCUGAUUGGCAUCUGGCCACACCUGUUGCCAAUCAGCCCGCUCCUAUUUGUACCUCCUUUGUCUUGUGUCAGUUGCUGGAUCAUUGUAUUGUCAUUCGGACUUGUGGUUGCCAUAUGUUGCUCUUGUCGUGUCUGUGAUUCUUUUCAGCUAUUACCUGUCGUGGUACAUUUUGUCCUGUUCUUGUUAGCCAUUAGUUAUUUCCAGUUUUUCUAGCUUCUAUGCUAAAGACACUUAGUUUGUUAUUCCGCCCAUGUGCCUGCUUUUUGUAUGUUCUCGCUCUAUUAUUUAAAUUAAAUCAGGUUUUCCUAUUCUAUGCCUGCCUCCGUCUCUGCAUCUUGGGGUUCAUCAACAAAUAACUCUGAACAGGCAAGUUGGAAAAAAAAAAAAAAAGUCCAACCAACCCCGGAUCAUACGGAAACCAAAGCACAUUUUUCCAUGAAAGAAACAAUAACGCUAAACUAGGGCUGGGCGUACAUCGAUAUAUCGCGGGUUUGACUAUAUCGUGAUAUUAGAGUAUUCGUUCUCACGCAGUUGGGGCGGCAUAGCUCGGUUGGUAGAGCGGCCGUGCCAGCAACUGAGGGUUGCAGGUUCGAUUCCCGCUUCCGCCAUCCUAGUCACUGCCGUUGUGUCCUUGGGCAAGACGCUUUACCCACCUGCUCCCAGUGCCACCCACACUGGUUUAAAUGUAACUUAGAUAUUGGGUUUCACUAUGUAAAAGCGCUUUGAGUCACUAGAGAAAAGCGCUAUAUAAAUAUAAUUCACUUCACUGCUUUUAGCUGCGCGCAUUACACUACAGGCUUUUCUCGCCCUUUCUUGUUUCUCCUUCUCACAGAGACUUAAAACAAGCGCCCCUUCUUACAUACGUAUUCGCCCUCGCGGGGCAGAGAGAUAGCGCAUGGGUAACGUUAGCAGUGUAGAGAAAAUAGGUGCGAAUCUGGUAACAAAUGAAGAAUUAAUUCCCAAGAAAAACAGCAGGGGGUCCAUCGUCUGGCGGUGGUUUGGCUUCAAGUGGGAAUAUGUCGAACAGAUAGAAUAGAAAGUACUUUAUUGAUCCCUGGGGAAAAUUCAGCACCAUAGUUCGCUCACAAUAGACAAUAAUAAUAAAUAAUAUAUAACAUAUAUUAUAUAUGAAUAGUAUAAAUAUAUUCUACAUUUAAGUGCAGUCAAGGAACAUAUGCAUUAUACAGUCUGAUGGCUGUCGGUAUGAAGGACCUCCUGUGUCGUUCCAUUACAACCGUAAUUUGUCAAGUGUGCGGCAAAAGCGUUGCUGCAAAAAGUAGCAUUACUGCUAAUAUUUAGCAUCAUUUGAAAAGCCACCCGCUAGAUAAUGAAGAGUGUUUUGAAACUCCGCAUGUCAACAAAAUGCCGAGGCAACCAUUUCCACAUCAACACCAUAUUAAAAAAGUAGUCAACAACAGAAGGAGAUAACGUCCGCAGGAACCUACCACAUAGCGGAGGACAUACACUAUUUGAUUUCCUAUUAUGCAGCUCGUUUUUUUUUUUUGACACUUAUUGAAAUAUCUUGUGUGACAUCAUGCACAAAAGUGCACUUUAAUUGUUUUAAACUUUUGUAGUGGCCUUCUGUACAAAAAGUGCACUUUGAUUUAGUGUUGUUUUGAUAAGUUAUCUUAGUGACAUCAUGCACAAAAGUGCACUCAUAGCUUGUUUUAAAAUGUCUCUGACAAUCUUGAACUUUCUGUUUUGGAAAUGACAUGAAUGUUUGUGCCACUGCUUAAUAACUGUUUAAUAAAUACACUUUUGCUAAAUUGACUUAGUUGCGAUUUCUCUCUCUGCAUGAAAGUUUAAAAUGAGCAUAUAUUAAUGCAGUAUGAAGAAGAAUGCUUUGAUUACAUGCAUCAAGUGUUCAUUCAAAGCUAAGGCAAAAUAGCGAGAUAUAUAUCGUGUAUCGUGACAUGGCCUAAAAAUAUGGAGAUAUUAAUAAAUAUUAAUUUCUCGAUAAUAUAAUACGCUGAACAUUUUUAAUGGACAAUAUUUUUUAGUUUGCCUGUACGAGGUACCACUCCUGCUUAUGUCGUCCUGCUUUGUCUUAGUUAGUGUUCCUAAUUAAAAGGUAUUUAUUCAAUAUUGUAAUUAUGUUCUUUGUGGGCUUUUUGAAAUCACUUCCAACUGAAACUCAAAAACUGUUUGGAGAAAGACAUUUAAAACAAAAAAAACUUCAUUUGACAUGAAACUCUGUUUGACCUUGUCAUGUUCCUGCUGUACAUUUAAUGUCAUCUAGUUGUUUCCAUGGUCACCUGACUCUGAUCACUUACUGUUACUAUUACUCGUAUUCACCUCUUCAACCGCAAACAGCUGACCGGUCAGCCAGUUCUUUGCAUUAUGUGUUGGUUUUAGUCUUUUUACGUGAAAUAAACACAUUUAUUCUAUCAUG